UGCAUUCUGGGAAAGCAGCAGCACCAGAUCCAAGAUGGCGGCCAGCAGGAGGCUGAUGAAGGAGCUUGAAGAAAUCCGCAAAUGUGGAAUGAAAAACUUCCGUAACAUCCAGGUUGAUGAAGCUAAUUUAUUGACUUGGCAAGGGCUUAUUGUUCCUGACAACCCUCCAUAUGAUAAGGGGGCCUUCAGAAUCGAAAUCAACUUUCCAGCAGAGUACCCAUUCAAACCACCGAAGAUCACAUUUAAAACAAAGAUCUAUCACCCGAACAUCGAUGAAAAGGGGCAGGUCUGUCUGCCAGUAAUUAGUGCUGAAAACUGGAAGCCAGCAACCAAAACCGACCAAGUAAUCCAGUCCCUCAUAGCACUGGUGAACGACCCCCAGCCCGAGCACCCACUUCGGGCUGACCUAGCUGAAGAAUACUCUAAGGACCGUAAAAAAUUCUGUAAGAAUGCUGAAGAGUUUACAAAGAAAUACGGGGAGAAGCGACCUGUGGACUAAACUCUGCCGCGACCGAUUCCAGCGAGUGUGAGCGGAGACCCCGCAAAGCAGGACUCUGUGGAAAAUUGACAUGUGCGGCUGCCUGGCGUUUGCUUGUGGCAGUUACUAACUUUCUACAGUUUUCUUAAUCAAAAGCGGUCUAGGUAACCUGUAAAGAAAGGAUUAAAAAUUUAAGAUGUUCUAGUUCUGCUUUCUUUGUUUUAAAAAUCACUGCUUCAAUCUACUUUAAAAGAAUGGUGUUUCUUUUCUUGUCCAAAUUGAUCCAAAACCUUCAAUUUACAUUUAGCCCUUAAGGUUAAGGAAAAAAAGAAAAAAAAAAAAAGGUUGCAGUUCCCUUUCUUCCCCUGCCCUUGCAACUCCCACUUUCUUGCAUUUGGUUUAUUUUUCACUCAUUCACUUUCCCCCAGACCCAGGGCUAUCUCCUCCGCAAAGGAGAAGAGACUGCUCCUGGCAAUUCUGGUGGCUUCUCUACUCCCAUGUUGCACUGCCCUGUGUGGGAGUUGGUUCAAAUUCUCCUGGCUCCAAUUUAUAACAUCCUUUAAAAAGAAUUUAAAAACAAGCAAACCACCACUCACCACCCCACCACCUCCCCCUCACCACCAAAACAAAACAAAAACCAGCCAUGAAAAGGGAGGCCCAGUUCUUCUGUAAAAAUCUGGCCGGUGUUACCACAAUAACAUUGGUUAAAUGGGCAAACCCUGAUGUCUGUGUGCGUGAUUGAACUUCAGCCUGGCCUGGCCUGCUUGGGGAAACCCAGGUCUGUGGCAACCCCAGGGGAGGGCCUGCCGACCAGAGGAUGCUGUGCACUUGUGUGAGGAAUUUCUCGCCAGAAAGGCUCCUGCGGCCAAAGGUUUAUGCUCCUCCCUGCAGCCACUGUAGAAGACGUGCUGGUCAUUGCGGACAACGCCGAAGCCAGAACGUCCAUGUGAAAUUCCACGCUCACCUGUCUCUGAGCUCCAUCUGAAUGUGCCACGGAGCUCGCUCUCCCAGCUCCUCAGUGCAGCGCAGCCCCACUGCGACCCUCCCUCGGCACAGUUUGACCCUUUGCGGGGUUGGAAUUGGCGGGACUUGGCUGUAGCCAGCAACAGUCUGGGGUUGCCGGUGCCCUGCUGGCCCCUUCCUUCGGAGCAGCCGGCCAGCCCCGGAACAAGGCGGCCUUCCCUCUCCCUCUGGACUCACAGCCUUUGCAGAGUCAAGCUCCACUUGAAGCUCACUCAGUAAUAUCCUUUACAUGUGUUUUAUAUUGUUUUGACUGCCUUUUUUUGUAGAAAUAAAAUUGACCUUAGAAUUUAUCAUCAAAUGAACUUGUAAGGAUUUGAAUGUUAAUGUCUUUUCAAAGCAAGCGGGACUGCCCCUGAAAUCGAGAAUGCGGGUCACUGACACCCAGAGGAAGCCGAUGGUCCAAACGCCGCAUCACCAACUCCUCUUCUGCCACUGGCGGCUGCCCUUCUUGGUUCUCAGGGGGGAACUAGAUUCUGUGGAGAAGAUGACGUAAAGAAACUGCUUUCUGUUUUUAGCUCUCUUACUUGGGAUCUUUCCGGGGCUUUACAGACCUGUAAGAUGGUUUCACCUGUGCAGAGGUGGGUGUGAUGGGUAGGUUAGGCAGCAUAAUGUUGUUUAGUUGUCCAGGUGCAUGGUCCCUGCGGUGUGUCAAUGAACUCAGCUUCUUUAGUCCUAGGUACGCCGGGGGCAGGUUCUGGAGACUCCUGUGUGCCCAGGAACGCAAGAGCGUCAGGCCAGUGUUUCCACAUCUGUCUCUUCAUUAGCAGAAAGGUGAUGAUGGACUUUUAUUUCACUCACAUGCAGAUUUGUAAUAAAAUGCCAAAUUCUGUCAGAAGCUA